AUGACAGGGAUCAAGCAGCAUGACUCCCCUGUCACAAACUCAAUCCAGGGAUUAACGGCCGCCUCCGCAGGUUUUGAGAAGCCCUCGGCCAUCCAGCAGAGAGCCAUCAAGCAGAUCAUCAAGGGGAGAGACGUGAUCGCCCAGUCACAGUCAGGAACAGGGAAGACAGCAACGUUCUCCAUCUCUGUUCUGCAGUGCCUGGAUAUACAGGUUCGUGAGACCCAGGCAUUGAUCUUGGCACCAACUCGGGAGCUGGCUGUACAGAUUCAGAAGGGUCUUCUUGCUCUGGGGGACUACAUGAAUGUCCAGUGUCAUGCCUGCAUUGGGGGGACCAACGUGGGCGAAGAUAUCCGAAAACUGGAUUAUGGGCAACAUGUUGUGGCUGGCACUCCAGGCCGUGUGUUUGAUAUGAUUCGUCGUCGAAGUUUAAGGACUCGUGCCAUCAAAAUGCUGGUUCUGGAUGAAGCAGAUGAAAUGCUCAAUAAAGGUUUCAAGGAGCAGAUUUAUGAUGUGUACAGAUACUUGCCUCCAGCUACACAGGUGGUUCUGAUCAGUGCCACAUUACCUCAUGAAAUUCUAGAGAUGACCAACAAAUUCAUGACAGACCCUAUUCGCAUCUUGGUGAAACGUGAUGAAUUGACCCUUGAAGGAAUCAAGCAGUUUUUCGUGGCUGUGGAGAGGGAAGAAUGGAAGUUUGACACCUUGUGCGAUCUCUACGACACACUCACAAUCACCCAGGCUGUCAUCUUCUGUAACACCAAGAGAAAGGUGGACUGGCUCACAGAGAAGAUGAGAGAAGCCAACUUCACCGUUUCAUCCAUGCAUGGGGACAUGCCACAGAAGGAGAGAGAGUCCAUUAUGAAAGAGUUCAGAUCUGGCGCAAGCCGAGUCCUUAUUUCAACAGAUGUUUGGGCUAGAGGCCUGGAUGUGCCUCAGGUGUCCCUGAUCAUUAACUACGACUUACCCAACAACAGAGAACUCUACAUACACAGAAUCGGACGGUCAGGCAGAUACGGCCGAAAAGGUGUAGCGAUCAACUUUGUGAAGAAUGAUGACAUCCGCAUCCUGCGAGACAUUGAGCAGUACUACUCUACCCAGAUAGAUGAGAUGCCCAUGAAUGUUGCUGAUCUUAUCUGAAGGUCCGUGUUUGGUAGUCUCCGUAAUUCUGUUUUGGACCCCCAUCCUUUUAUCAUAUGUUCUUGAGUUGAUCUGCACUUGGGAACUUGUGUAAAUAAUGUCUUUACUCCCACCCAUGUUUUUCAAUAAAAAAAAGAAGUUUUACCAUAACCUGUGCUUAAUUACUUUAACCCCAGAUAGUAACAGGCAGGGAGUUUUGAGAUACUGCCAUACUUGGCUAGCACAAUCAAAAAACCAUUUGACACUCAGUAUAUCUAGAUUCAUAAAACACAGGGCUUCCUGUUCUCCACCCUUUCAUUAUCGCUGUGGCAUGCUACCCGAUGUACCUUUUACUUUCCUUAACUUGACUCUAAAGAUCAGCCCUCUGCAGGAGAAAUCUCUGGCCUGUCCCCAGCCUGCUCGAACAAAAUAGUUGCAAGAUAUCCAGAAAAAACAUUCUGUUGUUUAUGCCUUUCUGGAGCCAGAAAUCACAUCACUUGUGGCUUUGGAUGAGUAUUUCACCUCCCAAGGAACCCAGGGACACUUGAGCAGACGCUUGUGAGGGCAAGUACUUCUUUAACGCGAUGCCAGCUGGAGGAACACGUUCUAACCAGCAUGUCCUGACGUAA